AUGGAAAAAGUCGACGUGCUCAUCUGUGGUAGUGGCUCAGCCGGUCUAUGUGCGGCCACUUGGCUGGCGCGCUAUGGCAUCCGAUGCAAGGUCCUGGAGCGCCGUGAUAGUCCGAUGGAGAUGGGACAGGCGGACGGCGUGCAGUGCCGUACAGUCGAGAUUUUCGAGAGCUUUGGCAUUGGUGAAGAGCUCCUACGAGAAGCAUAUCAUGUUCUGGAAGUCAAUUUUUGGGCAGAUAACGGCACUGGCGCUAUUAAGCGGACUGGCCGCACUGCAGACACUCAACCUGGAUUAUCGCACCAACCGCAUGUCAUUCUAAACCAGGCCCGCAUCAACGGACUCCUUAUUGAGCUGAUGCAAAAGUAUAACGAUCAAAAAAUUGACUACGGAUACAACGUCACGUCCGUUCAAGUGGAUAGCACCUCUGCCCCGGAUCCCACAGCUUAUCCCGUCACCGUCACUGCAGAGAAGAAUGGCAAGACAGAGACAUUUGCUGCCAAAUAUGCAUUGGCUUGCGAUGGUGCGCAUAGCGUGGUCCGCAAAUCCUUGGGGUAUAAGAUGGUCGGCGACAGCAGCGAUGCCGUCUGGGGCGUCAUGGAUAUGGUGCCACGAACGAACUUCCCUGAUAUUCGCAAAAAGUCUACCAUUCGAUCCAAUGCAGGAAAUAUCCUGAUUAUUCCCCGCGAGGGCGACAGCAACAACCUCACCCGGUUCUAUAUUGAACUGGCUUCGGGAACUAACCCGAAAGAGGUGACUUUGGAGAAUCUCCAGCGUCAGGCACAGAGCAUCUUCCAGCCGUAUCAAGUUGACUUUGUCGAGACCGUCUGGUGGUCAGCCUAUUCAAUUGGCCAGCGUCAUGCCGAUCAUUUCCACAAGGAUCAUCGCGUUUUCCUCGCAGGUGACGCUUGCCAUACCCACUCACCCAAAGCUGGCCAGGGAAUGAAUGUCAGUCUGCAGGACGGGUACAACAUCGGUUGGAAGCUCGGUGAAGUCCUGACUGGUCUGGCACACCCUUCCCUACUUGAGACUUACGUACUGGAGCGGAGGAAAACGGCGAUUGAUUUGAUCAACUUUGAUCGCUACUUCUCCAAGCUCUUUUCCUCUGGGGCUCAAACUAGCCCCGCUGAAUUUCAGGAAGGAUUCAUCCAAUCAGGAAAAUACACAGCUGGCCUAACAGCUAAGUAUGAUGUAUCUCCGAUCACAACCUCCUUGGAGUCGACGCAGUUAGCGUCCAAUGUCGUGGUCGGUAUGCGCUUGCCGAGUGCUCAAGUGGUCCGAUUUUGUGACUCCAAGCCUCUCCAGUUGAUGAAGGCUCUUAAGUCGGAUGGGCGAUGGAGAGUCAUGGCAUUCGUGGGUGAUCUGACUGUUUCAGAAAACCAGAUCAAAUUGAACAAGCUCGGAGAGUAUUUGUCAUCCUACGACGGUCCUAUUCAGACUUUCACGCCCAAGUCUCAGGACUCGGAUAGUCUGAUUGAGACCAUCAUCAUUGGGCAUGGCAAACGUCAUGAUGUUGAGCUAGAAAAUAUCCCAGAGUGCUUCUACCCAGUCGCGGGCAAGAAUCGGACCAGAGAUUUACACAAGAUUUACUACGAUGAUGACAGCUAUAACAAGGGCCAUGGCCAGGCUUAUGAGUGCCUUGGAAUCAGCCCUGCAAGAGGUGCUCUGAUUCUCGUUCGCCCAGAUCAAUACGUUUCCGCAUUGAUUGACAUCAAUGACUAUAAUGAGAUUGGCAAGUUCUUCCGUGGAUUCCUCAAGCCACAAGCGUAG